AAAGGGGAAGUAGACUUCUCUCCGCAGUUUAUUUACGAUUGCGCACGUUUCGGCAUAACAUUUUUCAGAAAAUUUCAGACGCGAAUGGAUCAGGAGUAGAAAUAGAGUCAAAUUUAUAAACAGUUUAAUAUUAACGUUGAAGAUAAACAAUUCAGUUUAUGUAGUAAUAAAAUUUGCACAUAUGACACUAGAGGGGAGAACGAAAACUAUUUUGCAAAAGACAUCCACAGGUGAAAAACAUGUUUUGUUCUACCAGACAUCCAACAACGGUAAAAAUGAAGAGGAGAAUAAUUCCGAAAGAAAAAUUUGUUCGCAUAUUUCAUGCGAGAAGUUUGUGACAUAUAGACAUCCAAAGUGCCCAGACAGAAACUUUGACCGAGAUCUCGAUGCCGUCGAAAAUAUUAGUUACCAAAAUCAUUCAUCUUUUCCAAAAGGCACUAAACGCAAUUGUACUGUAUUCAAAACGAGGAAGAGAUGUCUGUACUCGUUGGCCGUUGUACUAGUAGUUAUGGUAAUGGUUAAUUUAGCGUUGACGUUGUGGAUGAUCAAAAUAAUGGAUUUUUCUGGGGAAGGUAUAGGUCAGCUGAAAAUAGUUUCCGGAGGUCUUAAGUUGCAAGGGAAAGUUUUUGUGCUAGAUAGUUUGAUAACCAAUAAUUUAUUUUCAAGAAUUGGACAACCUAUCGUGGUGGAGUCCAACAGCAACGUAAUUUUGAAAUCCCGAAACAGAGGCGGAGGACUCCGCGGUUACGUUAAGAUAGGCAAUGAUCAUCUUGAAUGUCUAGCUGAGAAUUUCAGAAUAUUAAACGAAAACGGUGUCAUAUUCUCGGCAACUUCCGACGAAGUUUUUGUAGGAACUGAAAGCUUGAGGAUAAGAGGCGACGGGGGCACGAACUUUAAAGGUUCGGUUCAGGCAACUACGAUCAGAGCCGAGAGCGGAGAAGAUUUAAAAUUAGAGUCCCCUACAAGGACACUAUCCAUAACCGCAGCGAAAGAGAUUCACUUUGCGUCGAAAGGGGGAUCCAUCAACACACUUGCUUUAAACGACAUCAGCUUCAACAGUGCUAACGGAGCUAUUCGUCUUCAAUCUUCAUCGGUUAUCGUUACGCAUCUACCAACUGCAAAGGCCCAGUCGUCACCGGUCGGUUCAAACACGUUCGAAGUGUUUCAAGUGUGCGUAUGUGAAAACGGGAAACUUUUUCUGGCUGAUCCAGCUUCUAUAUGCGCUUCGGAAAACGACGAGCAGUUUUGUCGGUAAUGGCACAAUAGGAAUUAACUUCCGUAAA